UACUUCAUUGGGUCACUAUAUACAUGAAGGGAAAUCACAAUAUUACCAUCAUGAUUUCUCUUGAGCUUUCUCCUUCUUUCUUCUUUUUCCUUUAACCAAUUAUCUUCAUUUUGGGAUCUAUUCUCAAACUUCUUGAAUCUCUCCAUAACAAUCUUUCACUUAGCAAGAAAUGGAGAACAAUUUCAGUUCAUAUAAUUCUUCUAGUUUGAACAAAAAACAUCAUCAUCAUCAUCAUCAUACAUCAUCUUCAUCAUUCAAUCUAAGGAAUGUUUCAAAACUCAUUCUUCCACCACUUGGUGCUCCUAAAGAGAAUCAAGUUUACUCUAAAUGGAUCAUUUCACCAAUGGAUUCUAGAUACAGGUGUUGGGAGAGUUUUAUGGUUGUUUUGGUAGCUUAUUCUGCAUGGGUUUAUCCCUUUGAAGUUGCUUUCAUGCAUUCUUCUCCAAAUAGAAAACUCUAUAUUGUGGACAAUAUUGUUGAUUUUUUCUUCGCCAUUGAUAUUGUCAUGACAUUCUUUGUGGCAUUCAUUGAUGGAACUACUCAUCUUCUAGUCAGAGAUUCCAAAAAAAUUGUUGUCAGGUACUUGUCAACAUGGUUCAUAAUGGAUGUGGCAUCAACAAUACCAUAUGAAGCAAUAGGCUUCAUUUUAACUGGCAAACACAAACUAGGCCUCCCUUACUUCCUCUUAGGAAUGCUCAGAUUUUGGAGAAUCAGACGUGUCAAACAAUUCUUCACAAGGCUUGAAAAAGACAUCAGAUUCAGCUAUUUUUGGGUCAGAUGUGCUAGGCUUCUUUCUGUCACACUUUUCUCAAUCCAUUGUGCUGGAUGUCUCUAUUACAUGCUUGCUGAUAGGUAUCCUCAUCAAGGCAAUACAUGGAUUGGAGCUGUCAUUCCAAAUUUCAGAGAGACUAGUCCUAGAACUAGAUACAUUUCAGCCAUAUACUGGUCCAUCACCACGAUGACAACCGUUGGUUAUGGCGAUCUUCACGCUGUCAACACCAUGGAAAUGAUUUUCAUUAUUUUUUAUAUGCUCUUCAAUCUUGGACUAACCGCUUACUUAAUCGGUAACAUGACGAAUCUUGUAGUUGAAGGAACUCGGCGCACAAUGGAAUUCAGAAAUAGCAUUGAAGCAGCAUCGAACUUUGUGUGCCGAAAUAGGCUGCCUCCGAGGCUAAAAGAACAAAUCCUUGCUUACAUGUGUUUAAGAUUUAAGGCGGAGAGAUUGAAUCAACAUCAGCUAAUAGAACAGCUUCCGAAAUCAAUCUGCAAAAGCAUUUGCCAGCAUUUGUUUUUUCCAACUGUGGAGAAAGUUUAUCUCUUCCAAGGCGUCUCGAAAGAGAUCCUUUUGUCCUUAGUUGCGAAAAUGAAUGCGGAAUACAUACCGCCUAAAGAGGAUGUUAUAAUGCAAAAUGAAGCGCCGGACGAUGUUUACAUCAUAGUGUCGGGAGAAGUAGAGAUCAUUGAUAGUGUUAUAGAGAAAGAGAGAGUUUUAGGGACUCUAACAGCAGGAGACAUGUUUGGAGAAGUUGGUGCACUUUGUUGUAGGUCUCAAAGCUAUACCUAUAGAACCAAGACUCUUACACAGCUUCUGAGGUUGAAAACCAAUGCUCUUAUAGAAGCAAUGCAGAUAAAAAAAGAGGAUAAUAUACUAAUACUCAAAAAUUUCCUUCAGCAUUAUAAGCAGCUUAAGGAUUUGAGUAUCAAAGAUUUAAUGGUGGAGAAUGUUGAAGAAGAGGAUCCUAACAUGGCGGUGAAUUUGUUAACUGUGGCUGGCACAGGUAAUGCUGCUUUUCUUGAGGAGCUUCUAAGAGCUGGUUUGGAUCCUGAUAUAGGUGACUCAAAAGGAAAAACUCCAUUGCAUAUAGCAGCAUCAAAUGGACAUGAAGAGUGUGUGAAAGCCUUGCUCAAACAUACAUGCAACAUUCAUAUAAAAGAUAUGAAUGGUAACACUGCACUAUGGUAUGCAAUAGCCUCAAAGCAUUACUCAAUCUUCAGAAUCCUCUAUCAGCUAUCUGCACUCUCCGAUCCAUACACGGCAGGGAAUCUGCUAUGUCUAGCAGCGAAAAGAAACGAUAUAACCGUGAUGAACGAGCUUCUAAAGCAAGGACUAAACAUCGACUCGAAAGAUGGCCACGGAACAACGGCUAUUCAAAUUGCCAUGACAGAAAAUCUAGUUGACAUGGUUCAGUUACUUGUCCUGAACGGCGCAGAUGUUGCUAAUAUACAUGUUCAUGAAUUUUCUGCAUCCACCUUAAAUGAAAUGCUGCAGAAACGCGAAAUCGGGCAUUUAAUUAAUGUGACUGAGACAAUGCCUAGUGGGUUUGUAUUAAAAGAUGAAAAUGAAGAAGAACAGAAACAAGGUUGGAGAAGAUAUAAUGGAGUAGAGUUUCCAAGAGUAAGUAUAUAUAGAGGCCACCCUAUAGUGAGAAGAGAAAAAGGUUUCGUUGAAGCCGGAAAGUUAAUAAAGUUGCCUGAUUCAUUAGAAAAGCUCAAAAUUAUCGCAGGUGAAAAGUUUGAGUUUGAUGCAAGAGAUGCAAUGGUGACAAAUGAAGAAGGAGCAGAAAUAGAUAGUAUAGAUGUGAUAAGAGAUAAUGAUAAACUCUUUAUUGUUGAAUAGGAUAUUAUUGAUUUUGGUUGUUGAUGUGAAAAGGAUGAUAGUAAUGAUUUUCUUCUGAAUUUUGCCAUGGACUAACAUUAUUAACAUUACUGCUACUACUAAUAGACUAGUGAGGCUAAUGUUCAUGAGAAAAUAUGGAUACAUGCCUUUCUAGUGAUGUGAAUAUUUGACAGUGGCACAAAUGGGGAUAGAUGUGAUUUCUUGUUGGUUUUGAUCUUAAAAGACAUGUCUCCUUUAUGAUGUCCAACACAUAAUUUUGCUGACAGAAAAAAUCUACUAUUAGAGAGAAUAUGGAUACAUGCCUUUCUAGUGAUGUGAAUAUUUGACAGUGGCACAAAUGGGGAUAGAUGUGAUUUCUUGUUGGUUUUGAUCUUAAAAGACAUGUCUCCUUUAUGAUGUCCAACACAUAAUUUUGCUGACAGAAAAAAUCUACUAUUAGAGAGAAUAUGGAUACAUGCCUUUCUAGUGAUGUGAAUAUUUGACAGUGGCACAAAUGGGGAUAGAUGUGAUUUCUUGUUGGUUUUGAUCUUAAAAGACAUGUCUCCUUUAUGAUGUCCAACACAUAAUUUUGCUGACAGAAAAAAUCUACUAUUAGAGAGAAUAUGGAUACAUGCCUUUCUAGUGAUGUGAAUAUUUGACAGUGGCACAAAUGGGGAUAGAUGUGAUUUCUUGUUGGUUUUGAUCUUAAAAGACAUGUCUCCUUUAUGAUGUCCAACACAUAAUUUUGCUGACAGAAAAAAUCUACUAUUAGAGAGAGUCAGUUCAAAGCCUAAAAAAUAUUUGAGUUUGCCAAGGUCUUACAUGUGAAAACAUAUGUGCAAAUAAUCCUUGAAGCAUUAAUAGCAAUAACCUGGUUGUCUGCAUACACUAAUACUACAGUAUACGCCUUUUGUUUUUGCUUAACAAAGAGAGACUAAUCUGACCGUGAUUGUGUGAAUCCGAAAUGUUUCAGUGAUGUAGAGAGCAUGGAAAACCAACACCUAGGAGCUGUUUGAGCCCAUAGAGAAAAUUCCAUCCAUUUUUGCCAUAAGGAUAUUCAAUGAAAGCACAUAUUUUUCUUCGGCUACCAAACUUGUCUCAUUUUCUUCUUUGAUUAUGCACAUAACAUAUAUAGUGAU